CCGCGGUGACUCAGAGCCGGGGGUGAGCCGAGGUCUGUUGUUGUGGGAUUUUUUCCUCGGCAGGUUAUAAAUAGCCCCGCUCGGCGCCGUGUCACGGAAGGACACCCUGGCCGGGCGCGGGGAGAGGCCGCCGUCACUCAGCCGUCCCCGGCCUGCUGCCUGCCUGCCGGCGGGCCCCGCUGCCAGGCAGGGGUCCGCUUGCUGGUCGUACGGCAAAGAAUCGCUCUCGGGUAGCUGGAGGCAGCGGCAGCCAGCCUUCGUGGGGGGAGCAGCGGGGCACCGGGGCUCCUGCCUGAGGAGACAGAGAAAAUGAAGCCGGAACGAGGGUGACACACAGCUCCUUCAGCUCCCCAAACCAAGCAUGUUGGACGUGGUUUCACAUUAUGGUGGCAGUGACUGUGAACCUAGCGUAGAUACUUUGGAUGAAUACUUUGAGUAUGAAGCCGAGGAGUUCCUGGUCUCCUUGGCCUUGCUGAUCACUGAAGGUCGAACACCCGAGUACUCGAUCAAAGGCAGAACAGAGGGCUUUCAUUGCCCGCCGGCACAAUCAGGUCAGCUGCCAACAACUAAGCAUGAAUGCAGCGACAAACUGGCUCAGUGUCGUCAAGCCAGGCGAACCAGAUCUGAGGUUAUGCUACUGUGGAAGAACAAUAUUCCAAUCAUGGUAGAAGUGAUGCUACUUCCAGACUGUUGCUAUAGCGAUGAAGGGCCCACCACUGAGGGGAAUGAUUUAAAUGACCCUGCAAUUAAACAAGAUGCAUUGCUAUUAGAAAGGUGGAUUUUGGAGCCAGUUCCUCGACAGAGUGGAGAUCGAUUUAUUGAAGAGAAGACCCUUUUAUUGGCUGUUCGCUCUUUUGUGUUCUUCUCUCAGCUAAGUGCGUGGCUGAGUGUUUCACAUGGUGCUGUUCCCCGAAACAUUCUGUACAGGGUGAGCGCUGCAGAUGUGGACUUGCAAUGGAAGUUUUCCCAGACACCAACUGAGCAUGUCUUUCCUGUUCCAAACGUUUCUCACAACGUGGCCUUGAGAGUCAGUGUCCAGUCCUUGCCCAGACAAUCGAACUACCCAGUACUGACCUGUAGUAUUCACACCAACCUUAGCUUUUAUGAAAAGAGAAUGCAAGAGCGUAAGUUACAUCAGCACAGUGAUUCCAUUGCGGCACAGCAAUGCAGUACCUCCAGUCCACAGCGCUUCUGUGGGAAACAGACGUGGACAGUGACACCUGAAGGGCAACUUAAUGGAAAAAAGGCACCUGAAUUUACCACAUCUCUCAGAAAUUUAAAACUUUAUCCAUCUACCAGACUUGGAUCUGACUUUGGGGCAUCGCAGUCUAAGGUUCAGUGCUAUAAUGCUACAGCAGACAGUAAGACGCAAUUUCACGAAGCACCUGUCAGAACUUUUAAAUCCUUUUCCCUAGCUGAUUCUCGUGUUUCGAAUAGUCAUUGCUCUCAUCAGCCCACAGGAGAAACCAAUCCUUUGAUAGGCUCUUUACUUCAAGAGCGACAAGAAGUCAUUGCACGGAUUGCUCAGCACUUGAUUCACUGUGAUCCAGCUACUUCACCAGUUGUUACUGGACGUCCAUUCAACAUACAUGAAAACAGCUUGGCUACUCCGAAAAGCUUUCGGAGUACUUACGAAGACGAAAACUUGCCAAGGAAAGGCAAGGAGAACUCCCCUGUUUCUAUUGCCAACUUAGACAAUGUGAUACAAGAUGGCAGUGAAGGGAAAACUAGAGCAAUACCAGAGAUCACACUGCUGGAUUCCCGCGUUCCAGUGAACCAUUAUGGCCGUCAGUUGGCAGGAGAGGGCAAUCCCCUGAUCGAUUCUCUGCUCCAGGAGCGGCAGGAGGUGAUAGCAAGGAUUGCCCAACACUUGAUUCAUUGUGAUCCGGCUACUUCUCAUGUUACUGGACAUCCUUUAAAAGGACAUGAGACUAGCCCAGUUACUUCAAAGAUUUUCCGAAGUACAUAUGAAGAUGAAAAUUUGCUGAAGAAAGGCAAGGAACCCUCUUCUGUUUCUUUUGCUAAAUCUGAUUUUAAUUCAUUAGAAGACAGCAGUAAAUCAAGGACUAAGACACCUGAUACUCCUAUCAGUCCUUCUAGGUUUGAUGGAGAAUCAAAGCCUUCUCUGAAACUCCAAGCAAGAAGAAAAUUAGUUUUAUCAAAACCCAGUGAAGCUGUCCGCAGUGCAUUUCAUCAGACUUCCAAUAAAACUUCUCAUGCAUUUACUAACAUUCACACGUCAUCAUCAUGUAUUAAAGAAAAUAAAUCUGAAUUGCCAGAUAAAUCGGAAAUGAAACAUUCUGGUUGUGCACAGAAAGACCAGAUAGCCAACAGAAUUAAACAGUGUUCAAAUUUCAGCAACAUUGAUGAACAGAUUUGCACAAAUAAACUUAAAGAAAGAACAGUUUCUAAUGAGAACAACAGCACGGACAGUUCUUUUAACAAUUUACAGAUAGAUAAAUGCCGAAUACUUGAAGGUACAAAAAAGGCAACUGUGAUGCAGGUUUCUGACUCUUUGCACAAAAAUGAGCUCAAGUGUUUAGAUAAAGACUCAAAAAAACCAAUUAUUUAUGAGCAAAACACUCAGCUUAUUAGUAUUGAGAAUUAUUUAAAUAAAGACCAUGACAGUUUCAAAAACAAAACCAAACAAGAUAAAACUAAAACUGCACAUGAUGAGAAUGAAGACCCAAUAGGUGUCGAUUUACAAAGCACUUCUCAGAAGAAACCUACAGAGGACAGUGUAGUUAAGUGUGACCGGCUGAAGAACCCAGAUGUACAGAAAGCACCGUCUUUAAAACAUGCAAAUACAUGGCGGAAACAUAAUUUUCGAUCCUUGGAUGGAACGUCAACCAAGGCUUUUCAUCCCAGAACUGGAUUGCCUCUGCUUUCAAGUCCUGUUCCUCAAAGGAAAACACAGUCGGGGUGCUUUGAUCUGGAUUCAUCACUGCUGCAGUUGAAAUGUCUGUCUGCAAGAAGCCCACAACAAUGUAUAAACAGAGACAGGGAUCCAGAGAGCCAUGGGAAACCAUUCCUAAGUUCUAGUGCUCCACCAGUAACAAGUCUUAGCCUUCUGGGAAACUUUGAGGAAUCUGUCCUGAAUUUUCGCUUAGACCCGCUCGGCGUCGUGGAGGGUUUCACAGCAGAAGUAGGAGCAAGUGGAGUCUUUUGUCCCACACACAUGACUCUGCCAGUUGAAGUGUCAUUCUACAGCGUUUCAGAUGAUAAUGCACCCUCUCCUUACAUGGGUGUAAUUACUUUAGAGUCCCUUGGUAAAAGGGGUUAUCGGGUACCGCCUUCAGGAACAAUACAAGUGACCUUAUUUAACCCUAACAAAACUGUGGUGAAGAUGUUUGUAGUGAUCUAUGACUUGAGAGAAAUGCCAGCUAAUCAUCAAACAUUCCUACGGCAAAGAACUUUCUCUGUUCCUGUGAGACGAGAAGUCAAGAGAACUGUCAAUAAAGAAAACAGUCAACAGACUGAAGAAAGGCUGCUACGCUACCUCAUACAUCUGAGGUUCCAGAGUUCUAAAUCUGGAAAGAUCUACCUCCACAGAGAUGUAAGGCUCCUAUUCUCUCGGAAAUCCAUGGAAGUUGAUAGCGGCGCUGCAUAUGAACUCAAAUCUUACACUGAAUCUCCAACAAAUCCUCAGUUUUCACCAAGAUGCUAGCAAACAAUGGCAAACUGAAGUAUUCAUUUUACUGUUGAUUACUCCUUACGAGCGAAGACCGGUAGAGGUGGCAGUAUAAAGUUAAGUCUGUAAAGGAAUGAAAAUAGCGCUCAAGAGAGAGAAGGUUCUUGUGUGAUCCUGGACCAGUUUUUGAAAGGUUUCUGGAAUGAGCUUUGUGUAUUCCAAGUAGACUGGAAAUAUACUUAAAUCUAAUCUUUUUGUACUGUUAUAAAACCACUUCAUUGGAUGUGUUGCAAUAGCAAAUUCCCAAGUUAGUUUAGUGUUUACACUUUUUAUUUUAUUUUUCAGUUAUUUAAUAUUUAAUGUUUCAUUUAAUACUCAAGUGAUGUUUGUCUUCAGUGUUCUAAUGUAGCAUAAAUCCUAUGUAAAAUCAUACUAUGUAUUUUUGGCAUUAAUAUUGAAAUCUGAAAUAUAUACAGAUGUCUUUAA